GGUGGUGGCUGCUUGGUGGUCAUUCCUCGAAAUCUGCCCCUGACUGUUUUUUAUCGCCAGCGUCCGCCUGGCCUUUGCCAGUCCCUGGAACGUGGGCUGGGUCAGAGUGCAGAGGCCAGAGUUCAUGCUGAAAGGUCCUUGUUCUCAGGACCUCCCCGUUCGAGACCAGGAGUCCAUGAGUUAUUUUAAUGUAGGGUCUUUAUUGAACAUCUGAGUAAGAGCGGAAAAGACACCAUAGCCUGUCCACGCACAUUGGUCAGCAGUUUAGGAGGAGAGACUCGGUCAGGUAACCAGGACAGCGUGAUAGGUGGGAGCACACGAGGCUCUUAGCCCUGCUGGAAGACGAGGACCUAGAGGCGGCUUGCCAGAGGGAGUGAUGCUUAACUGAGGACUGAAGGAAUUGACCUGAUGGGAAGGAAGAUGUAGGAGGGAGAAGGGGUUCAGACGGAAGUCCGACAAUAGAGGAGAGGGAAUGAAGGAUGGCAGCACGCCGUGCAUUAAAAGCUGUUUUGGUAGAUCUCAAUGGCACACUUCACAUUGAAGAUGCAGCUGUGCCAGGCGCACAGGAAGCUCUUAAAAGGUUACGUGGGUCUUCUGUAAUAGUUAGGUUUGUGACCAAUACAACCAAAGAAAGCAAGCAAGAUCUACUGGAGAGGCUGAAAAAAUUGGAAUUUGAUAUCUCUGAAGAUGAAAUAUUCACAUCUCUGACUGCAGCCAGAAGUUUAGUAGAGCAGAAACAAGUCAGGCCCAUGCUGCUGGUUGAUGACCGAGCACUACCCGAUUUCAAAGGAAUACAAACAAAUGAUCCUAAUGCUGUGGUUAUAGGAUUGGCACCAGAACAUUUUCAUUAUCAAAUUUUGAAUCAAGCAUUCCGGUUACUCCUGGAUGGGGCACCUCUGAUAGCGAUCCACAAAGCCAGGUAUUACAAAAGGAAAGAUGGCUUAGCCUUGGGGCCUGGACCAUUUGUGACCGCUCUAGAGUAUGCCACAGAUACCAAAGCCAUAGUAGUGGGAAAACCGGAGAAGACAUUCUUUCUGGAAGCAUUGCGGGGCACUGGCUGUGAACCUGAGGAAGCUGUCAUGAUAGGAGAUGAUUGCAGGGAUGAUGUUGGUGGGGCUCAGAACGCCGGCAUGCUGGGUGUCUUAGUAAAAACCGGGAAAUAUCGAGCAGCAGAUGAAGAAAAAAUUAACCCACCUCCCUACCUGACUUGUGAAAGCUUCCCUCAUGCUGUGGACCACAUUCUGCAGCAUCUGCUGUGAACCAUGGUAUGGAUGUGAAGUAACCCGAAACGCAGAUCCUUUGUCUGGAGGGGAUCCUUUCCCAUCUCAGCACAGCAUCAGUAGACACACAGCGUACAGCCUGAUGGCGUGUCAACCCUCUUUUAUUGUGCAUUAAUUAGAAAAAACGAUAUUGAAUUGCAGCCAGCCACUAAGCCUUGCUAAUUCCUUUUGUUUUGCUUUGUAAAAGAAGAUGGGACCCAAAGAAAGAGAAAGCUGAGAUUUUGUGCCAUUCCUCUUAAAAUAUUCAUCAAGUUCGCAGGGUUGGGAGGGAGAAGCUCCUGCAGGGAAUAGCAAUCUCUUCUGUCUCCUAGCUGGAAACCAGGAGGGGGAUUCAGACUGUGAAUAAAGUUGAGUGGUGGUUUUUAAAUUAUAAAGUGAUGUGAUGAAAGGUGCAUUAGGCUGAUGCUUUAAUGUCGAGUUCAAUUGUGAAACCCAGCAGAAGUGCCAAGUGAAGUACAAGACAGAAAGCAGCAAACUGAAUUAUCCUUCAGACCAAAUGAUCGAGUGAAUUUCCUUUCACAGAUGUUGAAAACUAGAUUUUCUGUAUUCCCAGCACGGGUGACUUCCUUUUCUCUUCAUUAGCAAGAGAUGACUAAUUUAAAUUUAGAACCUGAUUUUAAUUUAAAAUAAUAUUUCCAUUAAUAACCUAUUCAUUGCAGAUACCUAUUAUACUGUGUAACAGUUGUUUUGGAAAUUUUAUGUAAAAUUAAAACUAUCAGUAUUUUACAGAUGUUUUAAUUAGACAUUGUUAUUAACAGGAACAGUGCAGAAACUAAAAUCAAGCCUUUAAUGUCUUAUAGACCAGGCAUUUUUGAAGUUAGUGUCCUCCAGGGUCCUAUUAACUGUACAUUUGCAAGAUUUCAUUAUUUUUGCCUCUGACACUAUGGGAAAAAUCUUUUAGAAGCUAUUGGGACAGAUUCAAGCUUUUAUGUACUUGGUUACUACAGCUGUAAAAUGAAAUCUCGUCUUGUAGCAUGGAUUAUUCUUCUCAUGUUAAACCCACCCAAAUGAAAGAGACUAAAUAGGUAAUGAUUUUCCUAGUGCAUUUGCAUACUGUGAUAAUCCUGGGCCUUCGCAAUUGUUUUACAGGGCUCUUGGGCAUUGAAUUAUUAGAAUGUAAUUGUACAUCAUUGUAGUGUUCACCUUAUUGAAGCACAUGCUGAUGUUAAUGAGCUUUGGGUUUUGAUGCUUGUUUAGAGAUCAGCUUGGUCUUGGAUGGGAGGGAGCAAAGCUAAAUAAAUGGUAGUUUGUUCCUGUUUUUGCAAAUGCCCCAACUUAGUAUUUAAACAUCUUAGAAUAUAAAGACAGAUAUGAUAUGACCACCACUCCUCCAAGUCAGCAGAAUGAAUGUAGUGUCGGAGAGCAGAGCUUCCAGAGCCUGACUGCAUGUAUCGACGUCUUACCUUGAGCAAAUCAGCUGUACUUCUAUAAAGUAGAGAUAGCAGCAGUACCCAUCACCCAGGCUUGCUUUGAGCAGUAAAUGCAUAAACCAUAUAUUAAGUACUUCUACUAGACCUAGGCAGAUGGUAAAUGCUGUUUGCAAUGACACUGAGUAGGUGUAGCAGCACUGUCCAUAUUUCACAACCUGUGUGGAGAAAGUCUUCCUGAGGAUUACCAGAGAGAGAUACUGCGUUUAGGUUUUCAGACCAAAGCUGUAUGCAGGGAGAAGCCAAGCAAGCAGGGAGAAAGCGCCAGUGGGGAUAAACCACUUUCAACUUUGGCCUGUCAUUGGUGCCAGAGUCAGUGAUUCCUUGUCCAGGAACCAUCAAAUGUUUGUCAGUGGCUACUAGCUAAUUGGCUAACUGCUGUGCUAGCCCUACUUAUUGUAGGAGAUGAGCAUAUAAGAAAAGAUUUUUGCCUCAGGAUCCUUUCUAGUUGGGGAGCUAAGGUGACUACACAAGACAUUAUGCAAGAACAAUAAGACCCAGUUCCCUUGUCCGUUCUCUUGUCUCCAAGAUGGGACAAGGUGCUGCCUCUCUGCCCACAGGGCAGUUGUUGCACUGCACUUAUGUCUUCACAUGUCUCCUCCCCACUAGACAACGCUGAGUCUUUUUUCUUAAUCUGUUGCAGCACAAAUAGGCACUCAAACAACUGAACCAAUAAAAGCUAAAUAUAGGAAUUUAAUUCCAGAAGGCAUAGCUGUGAGUAGAGGGACGGGAUUGAGUUAUACCUGUUGCCUUAAAGAUGACCAUAGGGAGACCCCAUUAGGCACUUGAAAAUAAUGAAUCUGAUGGUCUGGCAAGAGCCAAAGAAUAGAAGUGGACAUUGUGAUGGGUCAGCAAGUAAACAGUCACAGAAAUUGGUGAGACUUCCUGAGCAAACAUACGCAGCCAGAAGAAAUGGCUUCUUCCUUUCUCCAUUCUAGAGUCCCUGUGGGCCAUGGAAAUCUUAGUUUGAGAUAUUUAUUUAACGAAACAGUUUCAUAACUCAGCUGACCUGUCCACAUAGUAGCCUGUGGGAAUAACUAAAAACCUUAGAUCAGAAUUGCUCUAAACACUCUAGUAAAUUUUAAUCUCAGCUAGAUAGUCUGUGUUAGGCCUCAGGAAGGAAAUGUAGUAACUGAAAUAUCUGAAAGGCUUCCUUCUCCACCCAUCCCAUAAUUAAAAGGCAAUUGUGUUGAUUUCAAGAACAGUGUCUGAUUUGUAGCUAAAUGGAUGGACCUUGAGACCAUACCUUAAGUGAAAUAAAUCGGACACACAUGUUUAAAUACUGCAUUUUUCUCUGGUGUGAGAAACUGAAAAUGGAAAUAAGAACUGAAAUGUAUAUUUAAAAAACAAACAAAAAACAGUGUCUGCAUCGCUUUUGCUGUAAUCCUGUCCUGGACCAAGUGACACCUUGGGACUAGAAAGGUUCUGAGGAUGUGUGUCACUGAUGGGCGAUGAGCAUGUGCUGUGAGUCAGCCCCUGCACAGUGUGCGGGGUGCAGAGCCAAUUAGUGUGCUUCCCUGGUACCUGCAAAGUCUGCCACAGGCUUGCUGUAGCUCUACCUCCUCUCUCACUACAUUUGUCAGAGCUGAUUGUAAUGGCAAGGCAAGGAAAUGGGGAGCACUUCAUUCCAGAUGAGAGUUCCCCAAACAUUACUUGUAGGUGUGAUGUCAGAUAUUCCUUUGAGACAAUAGGGUCAUCAUGUCACCCUGAAUCCUUCUUAAAAAAUGGAAUAGCAUGUCAGACAGUGAAGUUCAAAACAUCUACAUUUAUUGUGUUCAGUUGGUUUUGGAUCAGUGGUUCAUAUGCAAUGAAAUUAAGUUCUUGGGCACCUAUAAUAAAGAAUUCUUAAAACUGCA